AUGGAACAACAACAUGAUAAUAGAAGAUCUACCUUAAGAGCAUUAUUGACCACUUUAGCUAUAAAUCCAUUUACUGAAAAUUCAUCGGAUCUACAUAGUUCUACUUCAUCUGUAGAAAAUUUAACUAAAUCUAUGACAAGUGAAGGAACUACAAUAUCACCUAAUUCAAAUUAUGGAGGUACUAUGACUACUUUAGCAAGUGAAAUUCUUGACAAUGUAACUAAUUCAACUACAGCAAAAAAUUUGACUAGUGCUAUAACAUCUGCACUAACUGAGACUGUAACCAAUGCAACUACACCAGAUACCACUUUAAUUAGUUCAACUUUAGGAGAUAAGGUGACUGAUUUAACAAGUAAACUUCUUGAAAAUGUAACUAAUUCAACUACAGCAGAAAAUUUGACUAGUGCUGUAACAUCUGCACUAACUGAGGCUGUAACCAAUGCAACUACACCAGAUACCACUUUAAUUAGUUCAACUGUAGGAGGUACUAUGACUACUUUAACAAGUGAAAUUCUUGGCAAUGUAACUAAUUCAACUACAGCAGAAAAUUUGACUAGUGCUGUAACAUCUGCACUAACUGAGGCUGUAACCAAUGCAACUACACCAGAUACCACUUUAAUUAGUUCAACUGUAGGAGGUACUAUGACUACUUUAACAAGUGAAAUUCUUGGCAAUGUAACUAAUUCAACUACAGCAGAAAAUUUGACUAAUGCUGUAACAUCUGCACUAACUGAGGCUGUAACCAAUGCAACUACACCAGAUACCACUUUAAUUAGUUCAACUGUAGGAG